UUUACACAAACCAGAAAGACCAGUGUUUGGAAACGAAGAGAAACCCUACAGAGCAUUGUCAGUGUCAGUACGCGUUGACUGGCGUUGACUAAAACACAGAGACUACAGUCGUCAGAGCCAACCGGAAAGGACGAAGGGAAGAAGCUGAGGAGUGCUCGGAAACGAAGGAUUCCCAGUCGCUCGCGUAGCGGAGAGGAAUUUGAGCGGGUCCUCCUGGUCUCGACGCUGUCGACGCUAUCGGAAAAUCAAGGUAACAGUUUCAGUGAUCAUCGUUCCAGUUUGUUUUGCUCAAGAUUAAAGGAAAGUAGAGAUGGAGGAAGAGAAGGAGGACAAGUUAAUUAAUGGCAAAUUCCUGCAAAUUGUCGGAUGAUAUGGUGGCGCAAAUCCUGUCAAGGUUGCCACCUAAAUCCCCUGAUGCGGUUCAAAUGCGUCCACGAGUCCUGGCGUGAUCUGAUUGAUAGUCGCUUUGUGGCCAGCCACCUCUCGAAUUCGAAUAAUUCGAGGUCCUCCGCCCGCAUCGCCGUCAGGCAUAUAGUUGGUGGCGAGGAGGAUGAUAAGGAGGACGUUUUGGGUGUCAUUUCUUUAGUGAUACAGUACACUUUCAUAUUGUUUCAUUUAUUUCAUUAUCACAACCCAAAUUUAGAGCGAGCGAGCGUUUCUUGUUCAUUCAGGGGAAGAGGUAGAGGAAGAGUUAGACCAAUGGGCAGAGGAAAUGGGAGAGUCGCAGGCAAAGGCGAUGAAACUCAAUUUGCAUCCUCUUCUCGAGCAGUCGUACCAGUGCACAAGGCUCCCGUUUUACGCAGGGUCUGGGAGAGGUGAAUGUCGGCUAGCCUUACCCCAUUUAUGGAGAGGCUUCUCCCAAGUCUCGAACCCGAGACCUACCGCUCAUGGGCGAAGGCACUUGCCAUCGCACCAAGUGCAUGCAUAAUUUACAUGCAUAAUUUACUUUGUUAACUUAAGGCUUAGUUUGAUAUUGCUUUUAGGGUUUAGGUGCGAGGAGGAAGAGGAAGAGGUAGUUGGGCCAUGCCCUGAUCAAGGCGAAUGGAGUUCACUCAGCGAUCUGCUGCAUUGCCAUCGUCUUCGCAAACUGUGACAAGAGGAAGAGGUCAAGGCAGGGCCAGUGGAGCAAUGGCAACUUCACAAGACUUGCCCUUCUGACCAUCCACUUUGGUCAUUGCCAAGCCCGGGGGAAGAUCCAAACACUAAGCCAUGAAGUAUAUAAUCUGCCGUCGGAGUUGUGCAACCGAAAGCAACCUGAAGAGAAAGUUCCUUGUAAGCACUAACCAUAUCCUUGUUGUGCAUAGUUUGAAUAGUUUACUCCUCUCGUCUAGUUUAGACCUGUUCCUCUCGAGCUUACUUAAUCAGCAAUCCUCGAGAGUAAACUGAGCCGCCAUUUAAUAGGGCAUCAUUGUCUCAUAAAUAAAAGUAGUGAAUGUCGUUUUCGAUGUGUACUAACUUUUGAAUUUUUCGUUAGGCUAAAUAGCAAUAUGAUUUCUGACUAGGUGGGGCAAAUUUGAUAGGUGAUCAUAUGAAUUUUUUAUGUUGUCUCAAAAUUAGGAUGCUGAUGAGUGGCUACUUUGAGCUUGUAUAUAGAAUACGGUGUCAAAUUUGCUCAACAACGCAAACUCUUGAUCUCUUUCCAUUACAGAUUGCAGCUUCUGAAUGAAUAGAGAGCUGCACCAAUAUAUAUAUAUAUAUGGGUUAUUGUGCACUUCUCUCUUGAUGUAACGUGUAACGUAAAGUAUGUUCUCGAGACAGAUAAUAAAUGACACCCACAUUUGGACAAUAUAUUUUUUCCUUUUUAGCUUACAAAAGUCCAAAGGGGGCCCUGAGCCCGUUCCAUCAUCAAACAGCAGCAAAAGAAGAAGAAGAAACCCUAGAGAGAAAUAUCAGUAUGACUGAGCAUUGACUAUAACAGAGAGUUCAGAGCCGAGUGGAAGGAAGAAACAAUGAGUGUUUGGAAAUGAAGGAAUCUCAGUCACUCCGAUGAGGAAUUUGAGUGGAUUUUGAAGUUUAAUAAAUUCCUGCUCUUGGACUCAGCACGAUCGGAAAUCCAAGGUAAGAUGUCCCCUUGAUCUUGCUCCAUCAUUCUGCCGCCUUAUUUAAUUUGCUGAAAAGCAUAAAAGGAAAAGUAGAGGAGGAGAAAUUAAUUAAUUAGUUAAUGGCAAAGUCGUGUAAUUUUACGGAUGAUAUGGUGGUGCAAAUCCUGUCUCGAUUGCCACCUAAAUCCUUGAUGCGAUUCAAAUGUGUCCGUAAGUUGUGGUGUGAUCUAAUUGAUAGUCCUAGCUUUGUGGCGAGUCACCUUUCUAACUCGAAUUCGAAAUCAGAUUCCUCCACCAGCAUUGUUGUAAAACAUACUGUUAAAAAUCUGAGGGAUCAUAGGAAGCACGUUUUAUUGUCAUUGCUUAAUGUUUCAGAGGAUUUUAGCGAUAGUGAUGACUGUGUUGAGGAUCUUAGUGUUGCGUAUCCUUUGUUGAGUGUAUCUUCUCCAAAUUUUGAAAUUCUGGGUUACUGUGAUGGGAUUUUCUGUCUAAGUAUUCACUUUUGUCCCGAGGAUAUUGGUUUAGUCAAUCCAGCGAUCAUGGAAUUUCAGCUUCUUCCCCAGCCUUGUCUUCUCCUGCCUCCCCCAGAGCCAGAUGUUGCUGAUAGAGUGGAUACCAUUACCAAUGCCGUUGGAUUUGGGUAUGAUUCCAAAGCUAAAGCAUACAAGGUUGUUAGAAUUGUGAAAUUUUUGCCGGGGCCUAGAAUAGCAGAGGUAUACACUUUAGGUGUUGAUUCUUGGAGAGAGGUCAAGUUUGAGAUCGAUUUUUCUGUCAUCUGGACACCUUCUUUUUAUGUCUACUUCAAGGGUGUUUAUCAUUGGUUUGCUACUGAUCUACAAAAUAAUGAUUUCAUCCUUACAUUUGAUAUGGGUGAGGAGGUAUUUGAUAAGAUACCAGUUCCGUAUGAUUCUCUGGAAAGAUUUGCAUGGAAUUGCAGUCUUGCAUUAUGGAAGGAAUCCAUUGCUUUGUUCUGCUACCGCAAAGAUGAAGGAACUGGACUUUCUAUCUUUGAUAUAUGGGUGAUGGAUGACUCUAGUGAUGGGGUAAAAAGUCCAUGGAGUAAGAGACGCUUAACAAUCGAAUCUGUACCAAGGAUUGAGAUUCCAUUGAUAUUUUGGAAGAAUGACGAGCUUCUUCUGGCGGCCACUGAUGGAGACGUUGUCUCCUAUAACCUACGCACUCGAAACCUCAAAUACCUUCCUAUACAUGGCAUUGAAAACCCACUAUAUAUUCAAGCUGUUCUUUAUGCAGAAAGUCUUGUUUCUGUCAAGGGAGGCGACCAGCCUCUGGCCAUAGAGCCAGACAGAGACUCUGGAAGUGUAUCGUUCGAGAUGUACUUUUACCCAAGGCCUAUAUGAGCCUAUGCACUGGAAAUGGCUAAGCUGCUGGAUCUCAGGAAAGAGUACUUCGGUGAUAGAGUGAUAUCGUGCGAUGAUGGCAUUGAAAACAUCAAAAACGUCUACAUGUUGUACUUGGACAAGAAAGGUGCCGUUUUGUCCUUGUUUCUCUUGGCGAUGGCAAAGUAGUAGGGGGCCUCGUGUUCGACUUGAAUUUCGUUGUUGUGAUGGACUGUAUUUUGAAAUGUUAAUUAGGCUAAGUAGAAAAGACAGUGCUGAGUUGGUCGUGCAAAUUUGAUUGUGGGUCUUUUCUUCUCUAUCUUAUGAACUUCAAUGUAUGGAAUUUGGUUUUCUGUUUUAAUGGAGCAACUCUAUUUUUAUUACCUA